CUGGCAGGGUCAGUCCCCUACCAGAGCCCUGGAGCAUGGCUGUGUGGGGCCUGGGAGGUCGCCUUGGCUUGCGCGGGUGCCUUGGCGCCCGCAAGCUAUUGUGUCCCCGUUUCCAGAGCCGCGGCCCCCAGGGCGUGGAAGACGGGGACAGGCCACAGCCUUCCUCGAAGACACCCAAGCUCCCCAAGAUCUACACCAAAACAGGAGACAAAGGGUUUUCCAGCACCUUCACUGGAGAAAGGAGACGGAAAGACGACCAGGUGUUUGAAGCCGUGGGAACUACAGAUGAAUUAAGUUCAGCCAUUGGGUUUGCUAUGGAAUUAAUUGCAGAAAACGGCCACCCGUUUGUGGAAGAGCUUCAGAAAAUCCAGUGCUCCCUGCAGGACGUUGGCUCUGCCCUGGCGACACCGCGCUCCUCAGCCAGGGAGGCUCACUUAAAACACGCCACGUUCGAGGCAGGGCCCAUCUUGGAGCUGGAGCAGUGGAUCGACAGAUACUCCAGCCAGCUGCCCCCGCUCACGGCUUUCAUCCUGCCUUCCGGAGGCAAGAGCAGCUCCGCACUGCAUUUCUGUCGGGCCGUGUGCCGCCGAGCUGAGAGACGCGUGGUGCCUCUUGUCCAGUCCGGUGAGACGGAUGCAAACGUGGCCAAGUUCUUAAACAGACUCAGUGACUAUCUCUUCACGUUAGCCAGAUACACGGCCAUGAAGGAGGGGAAUCCAGAAAAAAUAUACAAGAAAAAUGACUUGUCGGACCGUGUCUGAGGCACGUGGAAAUAAUGGAAAAAGGGAGCUUUGCAGACUCUUCCACAGUGACAACAGGAAAGGAAGACUUUGCCCUCAUGUCCUGAUUCCUGAAGAUCUCACCCAGAGGGGCCAGAAGCUGGUCUUUUGUCCAGACUCAGCUUCCUCUCAGGGCCCCGCCACUUCCUUCAGGAGCUGAGGCCGGUGGAGAAUCCUGCCCCCUCCCCUGGGCUCUCCUCAGCCUUCCAGGAGGUGGGAAUAAACGCAGUGUUGCAGGAAAGAAAGAUAAAGUGAUUGCUUCAUUGAGGAGCCAUGAAGAAAAAAGAAUAAAAGUGGGAAAGGCU